UGUUUCAUGUUUAUAAUCAUCAUACUAUAUUGUUCUCAGACCAAUGAUCAAAGAUUAUUGGGAGGGAAAGCAUAGAAAUUAUGGAAAAAUAAAAUUCCAAUUUCGUUUGCGAUUAAUAAUCCAAAUAACUGUGUCACUCGCCACUGCACACACGCUAACUGCGUACGCACCAGAGGCGGAGCACUCCGGCGACUUUCAUGGCGGAGCUCACGCAGGCAUCCGAAGUUUACGCCCCGAAGACGCUGCAAGUGUGGCGGACGCUCCUCAACUGGCUCGCCUUCUUCUUCCAGAUCUUCGUUCAGAUCAUCAGAGGCACGCCGUCUUUGACUCAGCUCUUCUCCUCCCUCUCCCCUCCCUCUCCGCAAUUCAAGCCUCUCCCGGUCGUCGAGCUCCCGGAGUCUCACGAGCCUGCGGAGGCGCCGCCGCCCUCCGCCGCGCAAAUCGGCGCUGGAAGCGUCGACGAGCUUCGUCUGCCUAGACUCACGGUUGUUCUGGACUUGGAUGAAACUUUGGUUUGUGCUUAUGAGACAUCGAGCUUGCCUCCUGUAAUACGCACUCAGGCAACUGAGGCUGGGCUGGAUUGGUUUGAGCUAGAGUGCAUAUCUUCAGAGAAGGAAUGUGAUGGCAAACCUAAGAUCAACUAUGUGACUGUGUUUGAACGGCCCGGGCUUCGCCAAUUUCUGAAACAACUUAGCGAGUUUGCUGACCUUGUGUUGUUUACUGCAGGGCUUGAAGGCUAUGCGAGGCCCCUUGUUGACAAAAUCGAUACUGAAAAUCGAUUCAUUCUUAGACUAUACAGGCCUUCUACAACCAGGACGGAAUACCGAGAACACGUGAAGGAUCUGUGUAGCAUAUCGAAGGAUUUAUGCAGAAUUGUUAUUGUUGAUAACAACCCUUUUAGUUUCUUGCUGCAACCACUAAAUGGGAUUCCUUGCAUUCCAUUCUCUCCCGGGCAACCGCAUGACCAUCAGCUCCUGGAAGUCAUACUUCCUCUUCUGAACCACCUCUCUCAACAGAAGGAUGUCAGACUGGCACUCUACGAAAAAUUUCAUAUGCCUGAAUGGUUUAAGAAACAAGGAAUCCCAGCUUCUGGGUUGAUGAAUGCAGGAUGAGAUUAUGCAUCCUAAGGUUUUGAGUAGCAGACAUCUUGGAUUGAUUGAUGAAUGCAGGUCUGUCUGGUCUGUGGCACAAUUGUGAUUGUCACUCAGAUUCUUGUAUAACUAUGUCUAUAGUUUUAUUUUCUUCCAAUGUCAUUGGGCUUUCUUGUAUGUCCACUACUAUUGUAAAAAAAAAAAAAAAAAAAAAACAUCCUUAUAUAGGCAAUAAUCACUUCCACAAAUUGUUUUCCUCCUUCAUGGAUAAUGCUAAGUGGUCUUCUGUUGCAAUAUAGAAACCAGGAGACAUUUGAAUAUCAUGGUUCACUUGGUGUU